AUCUAGCGCCUCCAGCAGGUGGACAUUUUUGGUCUUUACUGAUGUAUCUUGACAAGUAUUUUUGGUUAAAUUUGAUUCAGACAUUCAUGUUCCCCAGAGGAUGAAUCCUGCUGACUUUGGUCAUUCUCUGACUUUUCCUCUAGCAUGCUUUUUUAAUAUAAUCAGAUGGAUCGCCAUGGUGAUCCUCAGACUUUUCAUUGAGCGCCAUCAUCUGGUUAAAAAUGUUAAUUUCUCCAAUACUUUUGUUUGUGACCAAACACCUGCAAAACUGACAUUGACGUGACAUCACUGUGCUAACCAUCAGCAUGUUGGCAUGUUGGCAGUCACAAUUAGCUCAAAGUACCAUUGUGCUUUACAAAGAUUGAGUUUGUAUAGCAAGCAAAUAAGAAAAUUCUGCAGUUUAUUAAGUUUUAACAGUUUCUUUUAGGGUUCGGCUCAGGUUAAAUGAUUUUGGAUACAGUAAUAUAUUAUAAUAUAUAUUGAACCAGUUUCUGGAUCAGACGUAAACUCAGCAUAACUUUGCAGAUUUGUAUCAAUAACAGAACUCUGCAUCAACAUAAAUAAAGUUUAUGGCACUCAUAUACAUCCCUAAAACUGAUUUAUGAAUCAAUUUGAUUAUUUAAUGAAUUAUAAAUAAAUAAAUAAACAAACUAUAUAAAGACAUGCUAGCCUGCGUGUUUUUAGGGCUGCAGGAAUAAUAAAAAAGAGUCUAAAUCUUGAUUUUGAGCAUCUUGUUGGGGCGACCUGAGGACUAAAGGAGGUCAACAAACUAAUCUAAUCCUGACAAGGCAAGAGAGAGAAAACAAAUAGGUCUGUGCAGUCAGUGUGUGGGCUCAGCUGGCACAGAGACAACACAAUGUAUCUCGGUUUUACCCGGAUACCAGCCUUAUAAGCAGGCAGAGAUCCUCUCACCUCACCGGAGAAUCCAUUUAUGGGUAUUAAGUGUGACCGGAAUUCCGAAUGAUGGAGCUUCUUUUGUUUUCCUUGACACGAGGCCGAAAGCAGCAACGGCAGCAGUUUGUGAUCAAUCUUAAAAUAGAAACAUCACAUUUCCUUUAUGACAAAAAUUGCCGGUUUUACGCGUAAUAUCUGAAGCUGGAAGAUGUAAUUUUUUUUCCACGUUUCGUCACGGCGAGCACCAUCAGUCCUAUUUUUGGAGUUCCCUUUUUUUUUUUUUUUUUUUUUAAACUCAAGUCCAUAUUUGGUAAAUGACGUUCCGGGACACCCAGAGAUUCCCUUUAUAACCAUACUGCACCAUGCAGCAGCUAUUUACAAGAGAUGAGAGGCGGAUCAGACAAGGGUUAACAGGCAAAAUGAGGAGAAAUAUUCAUAAUGUGAGAGAUUAAACUGGAGAAACCGACUCAAUCAUAUUAUUAGUUUGAAUCUCCACCUCAAAAGACGGAAUGACCGCUAAAAUAGUUGAUGAAGUUUCUGCGUCUCUCAGCAGUCUCGUAGACAGUAUUCGCUCCGUUGAGGGGGGGCUGGAUGCACAGACGGUUGUUUUUAAAGAAGAGGCUGUAGGGGAGGAUGAAUAUGGAGGGAAACCCGAUGAAGGCGGUGACCUUCUGUUCGAAGAGAGGAGCGAAUCUGACCUUUGCCACGCGCAGUACGUGGCAACAUUACGCACGCACCCUUUGGCGUUUACCGGCAAGUUCUCGGUGGAGUCCAGGGUUGCAGGAGGACCGUGGACUCCCGGGGACAUCAUCAACGUGGUCAGCGCUGACAUCGCCACCCCGGGACCGGCCACGGUGUCUGGUUCUCCGUCAGUAUCGCCCCAUAUUUACGCAGGAGGAGGAGGAGGAGGAGGAGGAGGAGACGCAGCGGACGCGGGGGACGAUACCAUGGCGCACGGCCCGCCGGACAUCACCCACAUGUACGCGCACCCUCACCCCCACCCCCACCCACACCCGGCCCCCUCCUACUCCUGCAGCGGGGACAUGUAUCAGGACCAGUCGGCGGCGGGAUACCUGGCGACGUCCACCUGCGCCGUGUCCUACCACCCGCCUCCGUCCUACAACUCUGCGCCCAAACCGACCGUAGACGGCACCGCGCUGCUCUCCAUCAUGCCAGAAUACGGAGGCUUCUACCAGCAGAGCUGCCAGAGAGACAUCCAGGGGGCUUUCCCGGAGAGGAAAUCCCUCCCGUACCCGCUGGACUCGCUCAGGGUGCCGCCACCUCUCACGCCUCUCAACACCAUCAGGAACUUUACGCUCAGUGCGCCCUCACCGGCAGCUGAGGGCCCGAUGGCCGCCGCUUUCCCCAGCCACCAGAACCUCCCUCUCAGGCCGAUCCUGAGACCCAGGAAGUACCCGAACCGGCCGAGCAAGACCCCCGUGCACCAGAGGCCGUAUCCGUGCCCGGCGGAGAGCUGCGACCGCAGGUUCUCCAGGUCAGACGAGCUGAGCCGGCACCUGCGCAUCCACACCGGCCACAAACCCUUCCAGUGCCGCAUCUGUAUGAGGAACUUCAGCCGCAGCGACCACCUGACCACGCACAUCCGCACGCACACGGGGGAGAAACCCUUCUCCUGCGACCAGUGCGGGAGGAAGUUCGCCCGUAGUGAUGAGAGAAGGAGGCACAUGAAGAUUCACCUCCGGCAAAAGGAGAAAAAGUCCUCUGCGUCCUAAAGCUCACCGCGCAUGGGCAGAUGCUGCUGAAUGUAAACUUUAUGAGUUUAAACACGGGCUGUACGGCUCCUGUCACAGUCCAAAUUUGAUCUUGGAGUUACAAAAAGCCAGAAAUCUGUUUAGAAACAAUUUCUGCAAUUUUCCCAUCAGGGAGACUCAGAACCAGAGUUCUAUGAUGUGUUUGAUCAUGUCUUCUUAAUUUCUUUCUUAUCAGAUCAUUACUAGGAACAUAUGUCAAUAGCACAGCUGGACAAUUUAGUAUUAAAUUAUAUGAAACCUAAAGGGAGUUAAUGUAAUGCUCUCCAAAACACAACCGGUUUCAGAGUUUGUGUCAAGAUGCUCCGGACUGCUUUAGUGCUCUGUGAUAACACAUUAUGUUCACUGUCUAUGCUCCAUGCAUGCUCUCAGGGAUUCUGUCACAAUUCAGGCUGAAGAGAUGAGACCAAAAUCAUGAAAGACAGCUGAGUCAAAAGGAUGCUGCUGCUGCUGCUGCUGCUGCUGCUGCACCGCCUCCAGCUGCAGGCGGUUUGGUUUCAUUUGUAGUCAAAUGCUCAAAAACCUGUUCAUUCCAGGAAAAAAAAACAACACAGCAAGUCUGGAAUAAUCAUCAAUAAUCACACAUCCACACACACACGGACCUACAGCAACCUCUUCCCAUAAACAAAAUGAUAUAAUUUCACUCGCAAACUGAUAUAAAGAAAACAAGAAUUUCAGUUUUGCGGUGAGAAAAAAGGGGAUUCCUCUGUUGAAAUCCACCUCCACAUCUUCUCUUUACACUGUUAAAAAGUAGCUACAUCAGGAUAUUUAACAUCAUCAAACAGCUGAAAAGAUCCUGUAAGUAUCAACUGAUAUUAAAGAUGUUUUGCAGGUUUUAUAUGUUUUAUACAAACGUGUCACUGCAACAUCUCAAAAGGUUGAUAAAAAACGAUUUCAAGCACUGUUUCACGAUAUACGACUAUGCCUGCUACACAAUUUUUAAAACUGCUUGUCGGAGGGAAAAGGAGGGAAGUGAUGUCACAGUGCACCCAGGAGACGCUGUGACAUCACACGUCAGGGGGGCGGGGCAAAGGAGAGCAACACAGUUUUUUUUUGUAUUACUUCAGAAAUGUUGACACGGAUUAAUAUGUUUCAUUCAAGAGUUGAAUUUGGUUUUUAAUUAAUGAUUCAAUACAACACAUGGAACUCUGUUUUACAGGAUUGUAGCCUGAUGAUCUGUUACUUUUUUUUAUUUUUUUAAUGUUUUCAGGUGCACAGAGGUGUUGAUACUUGUUAAGAUCCGACCAGCUUUUCUACCUGAUGAAUGUGAGAUAACGAGAGAAAGAGAGAAAGUCACUAGAAAAAUGAAAAGUUUUUUUUUUUUUUGUGUUUGUUUUAUAAUUUUUAUGCAAACUGGUCGAGCAUUAAAGCUUUUAUUCUGCUGGACUGAUGCUUCUCAUCAAAUGCAAAUAAAUGUUGACUCGUUGA